AUGGCGUCCAAUCUGCCUACGCUUGGUGCAGUGCCCGUCACCAACGAAAAAGGGCAGACGCGCAUGGAGAAGGUCAAAGUAAAGCGCUACGUGCCUGGCAAACGCCCCGACUACGCGGCCGAUGAAGAGAGUGAGGAGGAAGCAGAUGAUGAUGAGCGCGUGGGCAAUGAGGGGACCAGUGAAGCUCUGGUGGAUGUCAAGCCAGAAGAUUUGGCCACAGACAGACGUCUGCGGAGACUAAUGCUUGCACAGCAGAAGAGCACCGCUGAACGAGAGGUGUACGAGGGAGAGGUGGUCGUAAGCAGGUGUGUGC